AUGUCGUUCCAUUCAGCUUCCCCAGAACUGAUCGUCAGCGAUAAUUCCCCAACUUCACCUAACGUGUCCGCCACCAUUGCCCCCCACGACACCUCGAGCUCCCGCAGCUGUGUAACAUGUCGCCGCAGAAAAGUACGUUGUAACAAGCGGACGCCAUGCUCAAAUUGUACCAAGGCCGGCAUCGACUGUAUCUUUCCUCCUCCUGGUCGUGCGCCGCGCAAAUCGAAGCGCCCGCCUGAUGCGGAGCUGCUUUCACGCUUGCGCCGUUUGGAAGGUGUUAUUGAUCACCUGCGAAGUGGUAAUGGGUCUGGCACAGAGCAUUCUUCCUCUCAAGCUCCAUCGUUGACGACAUCUUCAACUGUUGUCAGUGACACACCGGGGCCCACUGCGGCUCCUACUGCACCACCCCCUGGACCUGCUGGAGCUCAGGGUCAGAGCUCUGAUUGUCCAUUUGCGGACACGGACCCUAAGAAACCUGCUCCUAAUAGGCUUGAAAAUGAGUUCGGCCGUUUGGUCAUCGAUGAAGGUCGGAGUCGAUACGUGAGCAAUCGGCUGUGGGCUAGUCUUGGAGACGAGAUUGAGGAGUUGCAAGACAUUCUUGAUCAUUCUGACACCGAGGAAGAUGAUACCCCCUCUCCAGACUCUCCACAUUCAAGUUCACACGAUGGACACAUUUUUGGAUACUUCUCAUUGUCUCAUUCGCUCCGAGAGUUCCAUCCUUCUAUUUCCAAAGUCUCUAUACUUUGGGAAGCAUACAAAGAAAAUGUUGCUCCUCUAAUCACUAUCGUUCAUCGACCGACUGCGAUGAAUUACUUUAUCGAGGCAGCACAGCACCCGGAGACUCUUGACAAGAAUUCAGAGGCUCUAGUAUUUGCUAUGUAUCUGUCUAGUGUCGUCAGUAUGAAACCCGAAGAAUGCCUAUACCAGCUCGGUGAUGACCGCGCGGCUGCUGUCAAAAGGUACCGCUUUGCUACGGAGCAAGCCCUAGCCAAGGCUGGAUUUUUGAACACACAGAGUCUGGUUCUCCUCCAAGCCGCGGUUCUGUUCUUGGUUUGUGUGCGACGAGAAGAUGAUAGCAAGUUCGUUUGGUCUAUGACCUCCGUCGUCUUGCGCCUUGCUCAAGGGCUAGGCAUACACCGCGACGGAACCAAUUUCGCGCUCAAGCCCUUCGAGACAGAAAUGCGCCGCCGACUAUGGUGGCACAUCUCGUUACUGGAUGUUCGCUCGUCGGAAGAUCAUGGGACAGAUCCUAUUAUCCAUGAAAGCAUGUACGAUACUCGGCUGCCAUUGAAUGUCAACGACGUCGACCUGUACCCCGAGAUGACAGAGCCCCCAGAAGAACAGGAGGGUUGUACUGACAGCACAUUCUGUCUUAUUCGCUGUGAGAUCACGAGUGCUUUGCGACGAGCGAACUACGUGUGCCCCGGUGCCCAAUUUCGUCCACCUGACAAUUUGCCACCAAUCAGUCGUUGUGAGCGGAUGAUUCAAAUCAUCAGUGAUCGCUGUGAACAACGGUAUAUCAGACACUGUGACAUGAAUGUCCCUAUUCAAUGGUGUGCUGCCACGGUGGGACGUCUUAUCCUUGCCAAGUUGUGGCUGAUCGUCCAUCACCCGAUGACUCGGAAGGACCGCCAGACGAAUAUCUCACAAGCAACCCGCGAAAGCUUGUUUUUAACUGCAAUCGAGGUGCUGGAGUUUGGCCGCCUGCUCGAAGCCGAUCCAAAGACAGCCAAGUGGGGUUGGCUGUUCCGCACCAACAUGCAAUGGCAUGGUGUUGCAUUUGUCUUGUCUGAGAUAUGCGUUCGCCCAGUUUGCCCCAUCACCGAUCGAGCCUGGAGUGCAGUUAGCUCACUUUACUCGGACUGGGCGUUACAUGCCACCCAUAAGAAGGGUAUGCUAUGGCGACCCCUCGCAGCCCUAAUGAAACGAGCUGAGGCCACACGUUGCAAACAGCGACAUGAACUGAUGGUCAAGUUUGGCCCAGCUCCCAACCCACUAGAGCCAGUCGGUGCUCAAAUUACAUCAGUGCCCAACCACCCUCUUCCCCAAAUCCAUAUGCCGCAGGGACAGACAAGCCCCUUCCAACAUAAUGAACCAGACGUUUCUCCACAGAUCACAUCUGAUGCCGAUCUGAAUAUCGAUUUCAGCGGAGGUCCAUUAGGGGUUAUACAGAGGAUCUUCCCCGAUACAAACCUCUUCGCUUCCCAGACCAUCUACAGUACCCCAUCCACGCAAAGUAAUGUCCCAGUAACGAAUGAAAUUUCACCAUCGGGGUUAUCGACAGCCCUCCCUUACAAUGCCGCCAUGAACAAUCCCCUCUUGAAUCCGGAACCACUGCCAGAAGCCCCUCCGCUAAGCUGGGACGAAUGGGAUCAGGUCAUGCGUGAUUUCCAGACGGAUGUGGAGAAUGAUGAAUCUCAGCCGACCAAAGGGACUAAUGUCACUGAAUGGUUUGUUUGA